UGGUUUUAUCGGUAUUCUUAAACUCGUUCUAUUUGAUAAAUAAAUAUUAUUAUUACAGUAAUUAUAAUUAUCUCGACAUAAGAACUAAUCACUACGUUUUUAAUUAUCUUUAUAACACUCAUAUGUGAAUAAUUUCAUCUCGCAUAAGUUUUCAGUUGAUAAAUUACUAUAUUGAUAACAGAAUCUGCGUCUCAAUUUUAAUUGAAGAUCUUAUUCUAACCAUGUCGGAGUUUGGUCCAGAACAUCCGAGGAACCUAAUUCCAGAGCUUUGCAAUCAGUUUUAUCACUUAGGAUGGGUCACAGGGACUGGCGGUGGUAUUUCAAUUAAGGAAGGUGACAAAAUCUUUAUAGCUCCAUCUGGAGUACAGAAGGAGCGUAUGAAAUAUGAUGACUUGUUUGUACAAACUAUUGAUGAUGAAGAUCUAGAGCUACCACCCGCAGAGAAAAAAUUGAAGAAGAGUCAAUGCACACCACUGUUCAUGCUGGCAUACCGCGAGCGCGGCGCUGGCGCUGUCAUACACACACACUCACCGCACGCCGUCCGCGCUACUCUACUCUACGACAAAGAGUUCACCAUCACUCAUCAAGAGAUGAUCAAGGGCAUCAAAGAUGCGAAGCUUGGUCGUUAUCUCCGAUACGAUGAGAAGCUGGUAGUACCUAUUAUAGAAAAUACUCCGUUCGAGAAGGAUCUCGCUGGCAGCUUGGGUGAGGCGCUGCGUAAUUACCCAGGAACUAGUGCAGUGCUGGUCAGGAGACAUGGAGUUUACGUGUGGGGUGAUACAUGGCAACAGGCCAAGACUAUGACCGAAUGCUACGACUAUUUAUUCGAAAUGGCGGUAGAAAUGAAAAGGCUCGGCUUAGAUCCUUCUUUCAAUCCAGAGACUGUGGAAAAUGGAAAAAAGUGACCCAACUUAUAAUGGCUAAUGAACAACAAAAAAUGAAAAAUGCGAAUAAACAGUACGCCAUAGUGUUAUAACUUCUUGCAAUAAUUAAUAAGUUCUCAAUAUGUUUAUAUACAUAUUAACGAAAAAUUACCGUAUGUAUAACAACAAAAUGUUUGUUAUCUAAAAA